AUGAGAAUCUAUCAAUGUCACUUCUGCUCAUCGCCGGUUUAUCCAGGUCACGGUAUCAUGUUUGUUAGAAACGAUGCUAAAGAAUUCAGAUUCUGUCGUUCCAAGUGUCACAAGUCAUUCAAGCAACGUCGUAACCCACGUAAGUUGAAGUGGACUAAAGCUUUCAGAAAGGCUGCCGGUAAAGAAUUGGCUGUUGACUCUACAUUGACGUUUGCUCAAAGAAGAAACGUUCCAGUCAGAUAUAACAGAGAACUAGUAGCUACUACAUUGAAGGCUAUGGCUAGAAUUGAAGAGAUCAGAAAGAAACGUGAGAGAGCCUUCUACAAGAACAGAAUGAGAGGUAAUAAGGAGAGAGACUUCUUAAGAGAUAAGAAGUUGGUCGAAUCUAACCCAGAACUAUUAAGAAUUAGAGAUAUCGAAAUUGCAAAUGUUCUUGCUAAGGAACAAGCAAGAGAAGAGAUGGCAGAAGAAGAAUCAGAGGAGGAAGAAGAAGAUAUGGAAAUCGACAGCGAAGAAGAAGAUAUGGAAAUCGACAGCGAAGAAGAAGAAGAGGAAGAACAACAAAAACAAAAGAUAAUGUUGAAGAACAGAAAGAGAAACUCAAAGAAGAUCGCAUUCUAA